AGUUGUGUCUAACCCGCCGAUACACAUAUAAAGAAGAGAAAGUAAAGCGAUCCUAUUGCUCUUUAAAACGUGUCAAUUUAUAUUUGUAACAAAAUGUAUUUCAAGUGUGAGUGCCUGUCAAACACCAUCCUUUCGCUUUGUUUCAGACAAUUUUCGGAAUUCUGAAUGAUGAAAUGGUGACGCAAACAACGGUAAAGUUGUUGUUGUUUCGGGUUUAGCUAGCGUAGUGUGCCGGUGCCUCGGUUGGCUAUAGCUUGUGUAGUGAUAACAUGGAUUAUUUCCAUCGUAGUGCCAUUUAUUCCUGUUUACAAAACGAAGAAAGCGCUCGUGCAGUUGAAAAUGCAAUCAGAACGGCGAUUCAUACUGUUAUGGAUGUUAUUUACAAUGUUAACAAUACCAAAAUACUGGAAUAUGAAAGUAAGGUAGCUCAGAGGGACAAAGAAAACGAAGCCCUUAAACGUAAGCUCAAAAAAGCCGAAGACGAAUUAACAGCAUUUCGAGUAGGCUUGUCUAUUGGAUUGUCUGCACCCUCAUCACAAAGAGACUUUGGAAAACCUACGACUAUGUGCCCGGAGAACGAGUCAGCACGCGAAACUGAGUGGAGAAUGGAUUUCUCCAGUCUCGAUGUAGGCUCCCUUGAGCCAGGUCGUCCAGCAGAGCGGAUCAGGAUUCAGUCCCCAUCACCCAGUCCAGUCACUAGUGCUGUAAUUAAAGAAGAACCAACUGACACUGGGUCCUUCUACAUCAAAUGGGAGAUGAGCGAGCAGAGCAUCGGAGAGCAACAAGAAGGGCCCUUACACUCCCUGGGGAAAGAAUCGGAUGGAACGUCUUCUGUUGCUGGCAGCAAAAGUCCAGGCGAUAGACGUUCAGAACCGUCAGAGGGGACAUCGACUGUGCAUCCGAAAAGGAGGCUGUCACAUGCGGAGAUACAGCGACAGUACAGAGAGAGAAUCCGUGCUGACCCUGAGAAGUUGCGGGCCUACAAAGAGAGGGCUCGAUGCAGGGGGGAUGAGGUGGAGGAGGAUUGGAUCAGCAACUUUCGUGUUCCCUGGCAGCAGACGCCUGAAAGCCUCAGGCGAGCCAUAGCAGAGGGCCGAAGAGUGGAGGCGGCCGACAGAAGGCUGAUGGUGAGGAUCACGGUUGAUGCGAUGCGUGUCCACUGUCUCAACCCCAACAAGAAGAUUUGUGCGGAAAUAGCCAAAUCUAUAGUUGCGGAAUAUCCCGAGAGUUUUGCCGACCUGUCAGAGGAAGGGCAACUUCUCAGCAGGAGGUAUUCCUCCCUCCUCACCCAAAUAAAGACCAGAGUGGAACAUGUAAACCGGAACACUGAAAACCGAAUACGCAGACCUAAGACGAGCAAAAAAGGGGAAACUAGCAACAAACCGCCCAAAACUGGACCGACGAAAGAGGACAUUUACGGUUGCGUCAAGUGGCAUCCACAGAACUUUCCGGAAGGGGAGACCCCUGACUCCCUGGAAACCAAGAGGCAGGUUCUGGCCGCCAUUUUUAUCAACACUGGUCCUGACGGCGCUGACAGAGAAGAUGUGGAGGAAUUCAUGAGGCUUACAUACGUUAAUCAACGGCGCAUGAUAAAUGCAUGGCCACCACCAAGUAUCAUGGACGUCCGGGAACAGUGGCCUUUUCUGUUUACCAAGAGAUGGAUCUGCGCCCACUUCCAGAAGCUCACUGGAGUUGAGAUCGACUGCUGCCUGAGUGAAGCUCUGCUAACCAAAGGAAAGGCCCUUGUCCAUUUUUUCCAGAGUCAGAAACCUAAUUGUAGGAGAUGUGUCCAAAGUGUUCUCAGCAACAUUGACAAGGCCCUCAGUGCAAACGACAAGGACCUCACCGCCUGCGCUGCUGUUCUUCUGGUGCAGUCCCACUUCAGAGAGGAGGAGGACUCGCUUUUUCUCUUGGCUGAUGUGAAUGACACCCAGGUUGAUGUAGAGACACGGUUGUGUUUGCCAGCCACUCCGAGACUCAUCAUGCUUGGGAGUUCCUUGCUGGACUCUUCUAAGUGGAUGGUGUCGAUCGAGGGGAGAGUUGUCUGUGUUUUGGAUCGUCAGUCUGACUUUGGCACUGCCCUCUCUGUGCUCUUCGGAUGUUUCUAUGUCUUCAACCUAGAAUAUCAGGAAACAGCCUCAGCAACACUGGAGCUUAUUCAGAGGAAUGUUCCUAGUGGGGAUGAAUACAGAAGAAGGCUCUUCUUCCUUGAAUCCACAAGCUGUUGUGAGCUGCGGGACUGGAAGAGUUGUGCAAAGCAAGACAGAUGCAGUUACAUCCUUCCUCAAAGAACUCACUGAAGUUGAGUGGUAGAACCAAGGCUUAUAGGAGAUGUGUUUACAUUUAUUAACCACUUGUACAAGUUUUGAAUGUCAUGAAAUGCAUCUUGGAGUGAUGUUCCAUUGUUUCAGUUGGCCGGCCCUGUCAGUGAUUGGCAACCUUUUUAUGUUCUAAAUUAAUAUCCAUUUUUGACAGAUGACAUACAGUGCAUUAUCAAAAACUCUUGUUUUUUUAUUAAUGUAUAUGUGUUUGAGUCCAUUUCACUAUAUUUUCGCUUUGGCCUUUUAGUUUUGUGUGUGUGAAUCUUACUGUUUUCUUAUGAAGGUGAAUUUUGCCAUAGCAAAAUGUAAGCUGUGUUCUAAGUUUGAUCUGUUCUGAGUUAUAAUUAAUUUGCCAUUUAAAUAAGUACGUUUCUUACUGUAAAACUGCUUGCAAGAUUUGCACAAGUCUGUGCAGAACAUCUAUAUUGGUUCUCCAGUCUGUCAACUCUAUGUGCAGGGCGCCCUCUGCUGCAAAAAGUGCUUAUUGAGUGUAAAGGCAAACCUUAAGACAGGAUCGAUCCACCGUAUUCUAGAUAUCCUGUCCUGUAGGUUUUCCGGUUUCGACCCUAAUUUGAUUCUUAUAGGAUGGAAAGCUAAAUCAGGUCAAAACUGGGGUUGAGUGAAGUCCUUCAGGACUGUAGAUCUCCAGGAAUCGGAUAGGGCCGCCCUGUCUUUGGACAAUGAAACUCACCAAAUACUGUAGACAUUCCUUGUACUUUUAGGGACACACGAAUUUACACUGACGGCCACUACUGUAUAUUAUCCAAUCCAACCUGUUUUCUCCUUGACUUAUUGCUGUUGUUUGUUCAUUUAUUUAAAUAUGUGUUUAAACUACAUUUUAGUGAUUUAUUUGUAUUUCACCGGCCUAAACUGGAACAAGAUAUGUGACAGAGUCUCUGAUAAGGGAAUGGUCAAGAUGCUGAUGGAAUCGGCAAGAAAGAUCAUCAAGCACAACAGCUUUGCCAGAUUCUUGGACUCCCUUUUCAUAAUAGUAAAUCCUAAUGUCUGGCAGUAGAAAGAGCCUGGGGUGUUAAGUCCGUUCUUACAGGGAAGUUGUAAAUCCUAAUGUCUGGCUGUAGAAAGUGCCCAGGGUGUUAAGUACGUUCUCACAGGGAAGUGGUCCCGGCAAGUCUGCUGAGGAGUAGACAUAAUCAGGGACACUAACCCUCAGCCAGAUCUGGAGGAUCAUGGCUCUUGAGGAGCUGCUCUAAUACAUAUUUUUAUUUUAACUUAAGUCGUGUUUAAUAUCCUAAUGUGAACCAAACUCCACUGUCUGAAUAAUUGAAUGCCUGUUUCUGUGUGCUGUAGAAUCAAGCACGUGUCAGGGAUCAGGUCAAUAAACAUUUUAAGGUGGAAAACCGGUCAUUAUUUCAUUAUUUGAUCUUUCAUGGUAGUAAAACACCCAACAAAACAAACAUAUUGAGACAUUGAACAGAGAGAAUGUUUCUGCUUCAAUUAGACCGUGUUGUGUGAUCAUGACUGUGGUCACAGUGGGUCGUUAUUGUGGCAACCCCAAUGUGUACGUCUGUGUUGGGUCAUUUAAAUUAAUAGAAAUCUUUGUUCCAGGUAUUAUCAGAAGAGGGUGCUGAUUUCAGAUCUACCAGAGGAGACCCAGAGACUGCAAAGGGAGGCCUGGAGAGAAGCAUCCAGACGCUGUCGUGCCCGUAAAAUGUCCUCCAUCCAGAGGAACCCCGCCCAGCCCUGCCACUUUCCCCAGAACACAGAGACUUGGGGGGACUAGGGGAUGCCGGAGGGUAGAUUUGGGGGCAUGUUGGAUGGGUGUUGGACAGUUGUGUUCUUCUUUUGACAUUCGGUGUAGUCCAUUUAAAUGGGGCAUUGAACAAGAUUGGUGACAUUAAGUUUUAGGACUUAAUGGAUUCCUGGUUCAUCUCGUAAAUUGAUGUCGUUGACUAAAGACACUUGUUUGUGCAUCUUCAGAAGUUCCUGACAAUCUGGCCUUAUAUGUGUACUGUUGUCAUCAUCCCUACUUGCAGUCUUCAACUGUCAGACGUUUAAUUUGGCAUGACCUGAAAUAUAACGUUUGUAAUGCCAAUAAAAAAAAGACGUCUUUUUCAUUUCAA